AUGCACUGUGAUUCAAUCUCCGUGGGAACUGAAAUCAACAAUAGCAAACUCAUCAUUAGUGUUAAGUACCGUAAGCCGAACACGCCAUAUCAUGAAUAUCUUGACAGUUUAGAGGCAUGUCUUAACCAGCUGUCCACUAAUGACUUUUCUGUUAUCAGUCUGACGCUAGCAGCACGGCAUGAGAGACUGGUUGAGCAGAGGAGUCUCACGAGUAAAUAUAAAGUUGUGAAAGGCCACAUAACCUGGUAUGAAGGUAAAGAUAGUUGUGAAGCUAUGGGCUGUAUACUAGCAGAACCAAGAUCAGCGGAAGAAAACAACGCUAUAAUAGCAGUAAUGCCUGGGACAGGUUAUUUUUGGAUCGGGGUAACCGAUCGGGACCAUGAAGGGCGAUACACUUACUACACAGACGACCAAGACGUAUACAAUAAUGUGCAUUCAGAACAUCGUAACUACAACUGUGUUGACAUUACGAUUAGCGAUUCAUCAUGGGGUGCCUAUGGAUGUGGUUUUAAAAACACUGGUGCAAUCUGCGAGUGCCCUCCUAGUGGUCUGAGAGGUGAUCCUCAUAUGAGGACAUUUGAUGGGCGUGCUUAUACAUUCCAAGGUACAUGCUGGUACACCCUGUUCAAAGACUGCACCGACAAGUCUCGUUUUGAAGUCACAACUAAGUAUGAACCAAGAGAAGAUAGUACACCAGACCAAGUUAGAACAAGAGCUACCGCAUUCAAUAUAACUGUUGGAAACCAAUACGCGAUCGUUAAUGGACUGGAUGUUACUACAGGAAGUACAGGUGGACACGUGACUGACUCAAAAGUUAUAACAAUCCAGGAAGAGGAUAAGAAUAUUAAACUGCACUUCACUUCGAAAGACACAACAUUCACUUUUAAUUGGACUCUGAGAAAGCAUGUAUUAGAUGUAUCAUACAAUGGCUCUUUUUACAACGGAAAGCUAUGCGGUCUGAUGGGUAAUGCAGAUGGUGAUACUCGCAAUGACUUCCAAAAUCCAGAUGGUAGCAUUGCCAAAGACGUUCUUGAAUUUGGUGACAGCUGGAAAGUGAAUGACAGAAAGUGUUUCUAGGAAUUCCACAACUGACGAAAGGACAAGCAUGGUUACAGCCCGAUUAGUUUUUUAGAAAUCUAUAUUUUUCGGCAUUUACUUGUGAUGGUUAUAUGUGAAAUACACAACAAUUCAGAUAUUUCGAAUCGAAGUUAGGCAGUGUGGGUAUUAUAACUAAUGGGCAUUAUAACACGUGAUUGAUCAUAAUCUUCGGGAAAUUAGUAGAUAAGUAAAACAUGUAUUGCUCAGCAAGGUUAGUUCAAUAAAAAGAUGUAGAAAUGCACA